AGCCCAUUGCUUGUCUGGCAGAGCGGGCCGCCGUUCGAUGCUGCUUGCUCGCUUGCUUGCGCACGCCAAAUGCGCUUUCCUAGCUCAGUGUGGCGCGCCUGGAACAAUGCAACUUGGUGCUCUGUCUCAUCCUUCUGAGCUCAGUGUGUCAACGCCGAUGUGGACGUGUUUGAAUUGCACAGAGUAAUUUCUCUGUUCCUCGAAUCGCAUGUCUCUCUGGCUGCAUUGCAGCUGGACAGCUUGGAUGAGUUCGAAGUCGAGACGUCUGAACUCUACGAUGAGAGAUAGUACAUUUGAGAAGUGAGGCCUGAGGAUGAGGUGGCAAUUACCUGAAUUCUGCAGCAGCAUUUCUUGUAGAUGGACGAUUGGAUGAUUUUGUGCUUUUUCUAUUCCGCUAGUCCUGAUACUCUAAGAAGUGACCUCGACUGGCAUCAAUUGUUCGAUCCAAAGAAGAACUAACUCGCAUCUAUUAGCCUUUCAAGAAUUCAACUUGAUAUCGCCCUGCGCCUCACGCUCGCUUUUCUUGUUCCACGUGGUGAAUUGCAAAUGCGUCAUAGUGUCCGCCUUUGUAUUUCUUGAACUGUACUUUGUACUAAUUGACUCUCUACUGAUAAUUAUAUCACUCUUACUGGGUUCCGGGUCUUCGACCUGGAUGAAGUUCCCUAACGCAAUAUUUCUACAAGGGCCUCAAGUUACUGGCUAGGAGAGUUACAAAAUUUCUCACUUGAGUUACGCUGCGUAAUCACGGUCAAGGAGAUUUACAUCAUGAUGAUUCUUAAGAGCUUCGUCGCAUCCUGACGCUGAGCUGAUGUACUCUCUAUUGACUGAGGGAAUAGCUGCGUAUUUCUUCACCUAAGUUACUGCCGUCUGUUCAGGAUUUGGGGUUGAAUAUACCAAUUGUAGAAGUGUGACGAGGGUCAUCUUCGACUCAUUUCCAAAUUCAUGCUUUCUCGAUCGUUUCUCCGGAUGACUACUCCCACUUCUAACACCUUCAGCAGUGCUGGAGUGAAGACAUUUCAACGAAGACGAACAAAAACAUCUAUAGUUGUCGCCUAUGAUGACAAAGACAUCGUCCAACAGAACGAGGACCAUCAAACUGUCAAGCAAGAGGAACUGGUGUUCAGCACGGAGAACCUUUUGUCAAGACCAGCUCGAUGGGAAGAAAUUCUAGAUGGCAUAAAGAUCAUGAGAGCUGGCCGAGAUGCUCCGGUUGACACUAUGGGAUGCGAAAAAGUCACAGGUCUUCUUGUGCCGAAGGAGAGAAGAUUUGCUGUUUUGGUCAAAGCACUUCUAUCGAGUCAAACGAAGGAUGAAAUAACACACGCGGCAGCAGGACGGAUGCAGGAAAGAGGUUUAUUAUCGAUCAAAGGGUUGUGCGAAGCUGAGGAGGCGACUAUAAGCGAGGCAAUAUAUCCGGUUGGAUUUUACACCAGAAAGGCUGGGUACUUGAAAAAGGUAGCUUCGAUCUGCAAUGAGCAGUAUGAUGGAGACAUUCCAAGUACUUUAAAAGAACUACUCGCUUUGCCUGGGAUUGGUCCCAAAAUGGCCCAUCUGAUUAUGAAUGUAGGUUGGGCGGAUGUCCAGGGUAUCUGUGUUGACACUCAUGUUCAUCGCAUAUGCAACCGACUGGAGUGGGUUAAACACGCCAAAUCUACUCCAAGCCAUCGACUGAACACAAAUACUCCUGAAGAAACCAGAGCUUCACUAGAACAAUGGCUUCCCAAAGAUGAAUGGAACUCGAUCAAUCCUCUACUGGUGGGCUUUGGCCAAACUGUAUGUACCCCUCUAAGACCUCACUGUACGGACUGUCUCAUCAACCAGCUUUGCCCCGCUGCUUUUAAGGAGCCUAUAAAGAGCCCAAGUAAAAGCCUUGCACCUAUGAGAAUGAAAGCUCUCAUGCCUCCUCCUAGUAAAAAGGACAAGAACAGCCCAAAAAGAACUUACAUCACAACAAAUGUGGACACACACGCUGUGGAGGAAAGCAUAGUCCAAGAUACAGCAAGCGGAAAGAGAACACGGAUCCAAACAUUAAAAUUCGAUGCCAAUUUGUGACUCCUCAGUAUCAGGAUUUGAAGGUACGUGCAAAUGUUGCACUGUCUACGUAAGAGAGGGCGUUUUUCCCCAAUUUCGUCGGAGUGCACGCCUAACCCCCCAAAUGUUCAGGUCGCCCUUGUCCCUCUCAAAUUGUGACAAGGAUCUGUUCUUGUAUAAAGGUCCGAUAUUUUUGCCAGGGUCGCCCAGGUGAUGAUAUAGUGUGGAGGGCCGCGAGCUGAUGUUUAUAUGCUCAUCACAGAAAACAUUGUCAACAUCAUGGGAAAGAGAGAGUGGUCUGCUUUUCAGGUUUUGCUUCCUUUUCAAUUCAUCGGCACAGGGUAUGACAAGCAAAUACUAAUGUGUACAGUUUUUUUUAUUUGCAAGAUCAUGCGUCCUCUUGUCACUUAGUUUUAAGAUCCUUAAGUUCUUUGCAGCUCUUCAAAUAUAUCUGCAGAUUAGCAUGUGGUUUAUGCAUUCGGGUCCUUCAGGCACGAAAGCACUUCAGUCGUCAGAAAUGAUAAUCGAUGGUUUGAUGCAGAGAGCAGUCGCUCCCCCUAACUUAAGCAGGACGCUAGUUUUCUUUGAGCAUCAUCCCUGAGACUCUUGUAAUCACUGAUCUUUCUUUGAAGUUUAAGAUUGCCAGAAACUGUUUAGAAGGUGGACUCUUGCAGGCAAAGGUAUGAGCUCGUUACGAGACUUGCUUGAUGAAAGCAAGGAUACAUCUGAAGAAGCAGGGUAUGAAAUAUCGGGGAAAUUAACGAAGAUGUGUAGAGUAUGUGAGGUUGGAUCUGAUUCUAUUUUAACUCCCACGUCCAACACAUCUACAGUAUGUCAUCUGGCUUUCAUCCGAGGACUGCCUACGAUAUUUUAUUUAUCCAAUACUACCAUUGGAACAUCGCAACUCCCACUUUUUUACAAGUAUCAUUGUUUCAUCAAUUGAAGCUUACUUGCACACCGUUGGACCCCGUUAACGACUCUCGCAUCUCUCUAUCACUGCCAGCUUAUAAACUUGUGAAGCUGUUGCCUGUAACUUAUGCAUGUUCACUGACUGUACACAACCCGUGAAGAGCUGUGUAGGCUACGUCAUCUGUG